AUGGGUGGAACGAACGACAACGACAUGAAUGAAGUCGCCGUCAUCGACGAACGUUUGCAGAACAAUUCCAUAAAAAUUUCCAAAGAAGACGGCUUGAAACCGGUGUCGUUAAACACGUUAAACACGCAAACGCACUCGGUCGGGGUGAUCAUCCCUCCGCCGGACGUGAGAGCGAUCGUGGAUAAAACCGCGCAGUUUGUCGCGAAAAAUGGCCCAGAGUUUGAAACAAGGAUCUUAUCCUCGGAGAAGAACAAUCAAAAGUUUUCGUUUUUAAGAGAGAAUUCACCGUUUUACUCCUACUAUCGAGGGAAGAUCGAAUCGAAUAAACUGGAAUUGGAAGGAAAGACGAUCGAGGAUCAGAACAAGAAAGGGAUGGAAGUCGCGGAGCAAGUGCAAAGUCAGAGCAAGUUUAUGGCUAAAAGUACGACUACGGGAUUGUCAUCAUCGAAACCGGAAGUUUUAGAACGUCCGAGAGAGUUCAAACAUUCCGUCGGGACGCAGCCGCCGCAAGGCUUGAAGAGGAGCGAGAUUGAGGUGAUUAAACUCUCCGCGCAGUUUGUGGCGAGAAACGGCGCAAAGUUUCUCUCCGGGUUAGCUUCUAGGGAAUAUCAAAACCCAGAGUUUGCGUUUUUGAAACCGGCACAUCCUUUGUUUACGUAUUUCACCAGUUUAGCGGAUUCGUACUCGGAGGUUUUAAUGCCGGAGAAUAAGCAAGAGAUGGAGGAGAUUUUAGACGUGGAGGAGGAUUAUAAGAAGGCGUUAGAACGAUCGUUAAAAAGGUCCGAAUGGGACGCCACGCAAACGAAGAAUAGAAAAGAUAUCGAGGAGAAAAAACGCAUGGAACGAGAAGCGAUGGAGGCGAUCGAUUGGCACGAUUUCGUGGUGGUGGAGACAAUCGAUUUCGACGAUGGCGAAGACGAAACGUUACCAGAGCCAAUCCCGAUGAGAGAAAUUGUUGGGUACUUGAAGAGACAAGCGUUGGAGGAUGCGUCGAAGGUUGAAACGCAGCCGGCAACGAAAUCGACGACUUUAGUAGAAGAAGAAAUAGACGUAGGAGGAACAAGAGGAGCCUCUGCAGUAGCAACCAUGGACGACGAAGAGCGACAAAUCAUGCGACAAGCGCAAGAGGCGGAGAAGAGAGUGAAAGCAGCGUCGAGACCGUUAGCGCCAAAUGCGUCCGAUGAGAAGCACGCGUCGGGUAUUAAUGAGAACUUACCCGAACCUGGUAUGAAAAUUGUUCGAAACUACAAGAAACCAGAAGAAAGAGCGGCAGCUUCCAAGGGCGAUAAAGCGACCAAGUUUGCGGUCUCGCCAAUCACCGGCGAACUGGUUCCGGUGGACGAAAUGGCCGAGCACAUGCGCAUCUCUUUGAUCGACCCGAAGUGGAAGGAACAAAAAGACGCGAUGUUGAAAAAGUUACAAGGAAGCAACAAAGUCGACGACGACCAGUUCGCGAAGAACAUUUUAAGUUUAGCGAAAUCGAGACCAGACAUUUUCGCCAGCGGGAACGAUAAAGACGUCUCGACCGCCUUGAACGAACAAAUGAAGAAGCAUCAUCAACAACAACAACAACCGCCUGCGCUUGCGUCAAUAGCAGCUCCUACGCCGCAACCGGCGGCACCUGUCAUUCCCACUAUGAUUCAACCACCGCCGAUGAUGGCGCAGCAGCCGAUGCCGCCGCCGCCGCCGCCACCGGCGACUAUCGCGACGAAUGCGGGAGUUGGACAAAAACGAGGUCGGGAAGAUGGAGGGGAUGACUUAGAUGCAGAACCGGUGAAACAAAAAUUACGGAUCGGAGAGAUGGAGUUGGAAGACGAGGAUAAUUGGCUCGAUGCGAAUCCAGGUACGAUUAAACUCAAAAUCUUAUGCCCUGACGAAGCGAAGGACAAAAAUUUGAACGGCCAAACGAUUGAUCUGGAAUUCGGAAGCGGUAAAGAAACGGUGUUGAAAAUCAAGCAAGAGUUGAAACCUUUGCUAGGGAACUUAGCGCAAGGGAAAAUGAAAUUGGAAGUCAAGAAGAUGGGGUUCUUGAAAGAUGCAAACUCGUUGGCAUAUUACAACAUCAAAUCAGGCGCAUCGAUUCAUUUACAUCUGAAGAAGCGUUGA